AGAUGUCAAGGCUGCGGCGUGCCAGAGGAGGUUAGAAUUGCAAUACGAGGUUGUCGUUUCGUCGUGUGCUUCACUAUAACGCUCGUUCCUUUCAGAUGAGGAUAUAAGGAACCUCUACUCUACAACCUUUGACCGCAAAACAUGACCGUCUAGAGCCAUCUGUGUACUGGAGGUUUGUACAAGUCGUAGGAAGCAGGUGUCUGAAAUACUAAAAACAUAUUCUAAUGCACUACACACACCAAGAAGAAUGCCUACAAAUAAAUAUCAGUGUAAAAGAAAGGUGAAGUUAACAUCGUUCUUUGCUAUGAUUGUUAACUUGCACUUCAGUUUUUCAUAUACGAAAGAUAACUUUAUUGUUGAAGGUGACUAUAAUUCACCAGUUCUAAAUCAGUCACAGAAUACAAUAUGUUCAAAAACUGAAAUAGGAGAUGAUCUGAAACCAAAUAUUGUUCUGAUUAUGGCGGAUGAUCUGGGCUGGGGUGACUUUGGCUCAUACUGGCCUCACACAGCUUUGACACCAAAUGUUGAUGCCAUUACCAAGGAAGGAAUGAGGCUCACAGAUUUUCAUGCUAGUGCAUCGGUGUGUGCACCAUCUCGAAGUGCACUCCUCACUGGUCGACUUGGACUAAGGACUGGAGUUGUGCAAAACUUUGCUAAAGAUGCUGUUGGGGGUAUUCCUGAGAAUGAGACAACAUUGGCAGAAAUCUUGAGGGAUGCUGGAUAUAGGACUGCUAUGAUUGGAAAAUGGCAUCUGGGUACAUCACCUGGUCACCAUCCUAUAGAUAAAGGUUUUCAGGCCUAUCUAGGAAUUCCAUACAGUAUUGACAUGGGCUGUACUGAUCCACCAGGGGCAAAUUUACCAGCCUGUCCUCCCUGCCCCCAUGAAAAUAUGGUCUUCAACAAGGAGAAUGAUUGUCACAUUUCAUGUGAUGAAGAAUUGGCUCUUCCUUUGUAUGUAAAUAAAACAAUAAUACAGCAACCUGCACAGUUAAGGCAUCUCUCAGAAAUGUAUGCCGAAUUUGCAGAAGAAUUUAUGUCAGAAAGGAAGGAGCCUUUCUUCAUGUAUGUUGCAUUGUCACACAUACAUGUACCAUUGGCUCAUGGCCCUACAUUUGAAAAUAUUACUGGAAAAGGCAUAUUUGCUGAUACCUUGUUUGAGAUGGAUUGGCUCAUUGGAAAAAUUGUGAGAACAGCUAUGAGAUAUAGUAAAAAUAACCUGAUUUGGAUUCUGAGUGACAAUGGACCAUGGGAAGUAAAAUGUGACUUAGCUGGGUCAAGUGGCCCCUUUGUAGGAGCAUGGCAGCGAGAUGUGUUGCAUGGAGGUGGAGGAGGAAGUGCUGCAAAACAAACUGUUUGGGAAGGUGGUCACAGAGUUCCCAGCUUAGUGCUAUGGCCAGGAUACAUAGAGCCAGGAAGUAUGUCCAAUGCUUUGGUGUCUGCUCUUGAUGUUUUUCCAACUAUUGCUGCAGUCUGCAACAUCUCACUUCCAACAGACAGAUAUUUUGAUGGUAUUGAUGUUCAAGGUAUCCUAACAGGAGAGUCGGAGCAAGGUCAUGAGGUGUUAUUUCACCCCAAUAGUGGAGCAGCAGGACCAGAAGGUGAAAUUGGGGCAGUAAGAAUUCAGGAGUACAAAGUUGUAUACUACUCUGGUGGCUCCCCAGAAUGUGGUGGCCGCACUGGUCCUUCAGUAUCACAUAUUUCGUCUCCACUUGUGUUUAACCUCAAGAAUGACCCUGGUGAGACAUACCCACUGAAGGUAACCAGCUCAGAAUGGAAGGCAACAGUGCAUGCAGCUGGGCAAGCACUUGCGUGGCUCUAUGAAAAUGUGCAGCAGGACAACACCAGCACUGUAGACUACACUAAAGAGCACAGUGCUCGGCCAUGUUGUGAUAAAUACAGUCCAAUUUGUCGCUGCCCCUGGGACUAGGCCAGUGUUCUGCUACACAACUUGCCCAGAUCAUCACUGAACCUUGAUCCCAUGCUUGAGUAUUUCUCUUCCUGGCAAAAAAAAAAAA